GGCAACCGCCGUCGUAUCAGGUGGUCGUGUUGUGACACUCAGCUGUUUCAGUCAGUAGUCAGCUGAUCGGCUCCAAGUUACUGUCGGUGGAGCUGCGGCUUUCCAUACGGUGCAUUUAUCUGAAUCCACACGCAAACAUACUACAGAACCAUAACAUGCUUCAUGCAAACAUUGAAAAGAAAGGUUACUCCAGUGCUUGAGUCUUAAGUGAACGCUGACGAGAGUACAAGUAGAAGCCUACAGGUGGUGCUGAAGGUGUUGGUCUGACGUUUUGCUGGUGAGAGUCUUGGGUGAUCCACCAAAGCCAACCACCUGUUCCUGCCUCCGGCGCAGCUUAGACUGACGGCUUUGUAACAACAGCCGUCGUGUGCUCGGGUUGACAUCGUUAGCACCCACACGUUCAGGACCAAAACAAGGAGUGUGGCUUUCUCGGCGAGCCCAUCUUCACCGCCACCAUCGUGACAAGAAGCAGCCGUCAUGGGCGUGCACAGGACAGCAGAGGAGCCUGGUGGAGGGUUAGGGAUCUUGGAGGAGGAGGAAGAGGACGAAGAUCUCAGCAUGGAUAGUUUUUUCCAUUACCCUCAUCAACAUUCCGGGACGAGCAGCACCAACAGCGACGUCCUAAACAACAACCAGGUGGACGAGGACAAAGUCAACCUUACGGGGAAGGGGCGAGUGGAUAUGGCUCACUUCGAACUGCUCAAAGUUUUAGGAACUGGAGCAUAUGGCAAGGUCUUCCUGGUUCGCAAAGUAUCUGGGAAGGAUGCUGGCAAAUUGUAUGCCAUGAAGGUCUUGAAAAAAGCCACCAUCGUGCAGAAGAAGAAGACAACUGAGCACACCAAGACGGAGAGGCAGGUGCUAGAGGCUGUAAGGCAGAGUCCCUUUCUCGUCACCCUCCACUACGCCUUCCAGACUGAUGCCAAACUACACCUCAUCCUUGACUAUGUCAGUGGAGGAGAACUAUUCACUCACCUUUACCAGAGGGAAAGGUUCCAUGAGGAUGAAGUCCGGCUCUACAUUGGUGAGAUCAUCCUUGCGCUUGAGCAUCUGCACAAACUGGGUAUAAUUUAUCGUGAUAUCAAGCUGGAGAACAUCCUCCUGGACUCUGAUGGCCACAUAGUUUUAACAGACUUUGGUCUUAGCAAGGACUUCCUCUCUCAUGAGACUGAGCACAGAGCUUAUUCCUUUUGUGGCACAAUUGAGUACAUGGCCCCUGAGGUGGUGCGGGGAGGAGCACAUGGCCAUGACCAGGCUGUGGACUGGUGGAGUAUAGGAGUGUUAACAUAUGAACUGCUCACUGGAGCCUCGCCUUUCACUGUGGAGGGUGAGAAAAAUAACCAGCAAGAGAUCUCAAGACGAAUCCUGAAAACACAACCACCACUACCUAGUGAUCUAUCACCAGAGGUUAGAGACUUAAUUUCAAGACUACUUGUGAAAGACCCUCGUCAGAGGUUAGGAGGAGGGCCACAAGAUGCUGCAGAAAUCAAGCAACAUUCGUUCUUCAAGAAUCUGAAUUGGAAUGACCUUGCUCAAAAGAAAGUACCUGCCCCAUUUGUACCCAGGAUCAGCAAUGAACUAGAUGUUAGUAAUUUCUCUGAAGAGUUCACAGCGAUGGUACCACAGGAUUCUCCAGCAAUUGUUCCUCCUGAUGUAGAGAAAAUGUUCAAAGGUUAUUCAUAUGUUGCCCCAUCAAUUCUCUUCACUGAAAAUGUGAUCAGUGAUUCUCUCUUCAAGACUUCAACAGACAGAAGACCUUCCACCACUAACUUAAUGGCAUGUAGCUUUAAGGAUUCGGCAUUCUUUCAACAAUAUGAACUAGAUCUUCGAGAGAACAUUCUUGGAGAUGGCAGCUUCAGUGUUUGUCGGGAAUGUAUACAAAAGUCCACUGGACAACACUUUGCUGUCAAGAUAGUUUCAAGAAGACUAGACUGCCAACAAGAAAUAAACUUACUAAGGGCAUGCCAAGGACAUUCUAAUAUUGUCAACCUUCAUGAAGUUUUAUAUGAUGAGGCACAUACCUACAUAGUGAUGGAACUUCUUGGAGGUGGGGAGCUGCUGCAGAGAAUUAGAAAACACAAAAGGUUCACAGAGACUCAGGCUUCAGCCAUCAUGAGGAGCUUGGUUUCAGCUGUUCAUUAUAUGCACAAGAAAGGCAUUGUUCACAGAGACUUAAAGCCAGAGAACCUAUUGUUCAAAGAUUCUUCAGAAGAUUCAGUGAUCAAGAUUGUAGACUUUGGGUUUGCACGUAUGAUGCCGGACAAAGAAAAGGAUGGCAACAUGAAGACACCAUGUUUCACAUUACACUAUGCUGCUCCUGAAGUGUUGCGACAAGCAGUUCAAAAAGGAGCAAAUGGCUAUGAUGAAACAUGCGACUGGUGGAGCUUGGGUGUGAUUCUGUAUACAAUGCUGUCAGGAAGAGCCCCAUUUCAGUCAAGAAGUAAAGAUGACACUUCAGCCUCAAUUAUUGCCCGAAUAAAGGAUGGAAGUUUUGACAUGUCAGGACCAGAAUGGAUCUCUGUUUCUUCACAGGCCAAGAAACUUAUCAAAGGGUUAUUGACAGUAGAUGCUUCAAGGCGUCUCAAGAUAACGGAGUUGCUACAAGAUGAGUGGCUUCAGGGAGGUCCCCCUUAUUUAUUUUCUGCUACUCCCCUAAUGACACCAACCAUACUCAGUGCUCGGCCCACGCUUACUGGCCCAAUCUCUGCUGAAGCUGGGGUCAAGCAAGCCUUUCAUGCAUUCCACAUGGCAACUAGAGAAGGAUUUCGUUUGCUGGAUGUUAGUAAUGCAAGACUUGCUCAACGUCGGAAAAACAAGAAAUCUUCUACUGAUGCCCGAAGUCAUUCUUCUACCUCAUCCCUCUCCUCUACCUCAUCCGCAUCUUCCCUCAAUUCCACUUGUACACCAAGCAAGUCGGACCGCUGUAGUUCCUCAUUAGGAGUAACUCCAAAGAAAGAAGAAAGCAUUUUUGACUUUGGUGAGGCAAGAGUGAAAGAGUAUCUUUCAAGUAUAGAGUCUCCUUCUGAAAAAUCUUUCCCAGCAACCCCGAGCAUGGUUUUGACAUUACCAAGCCCGCGAUCAAAAUCCACCUCAAAGAGCAGUGGUCUUGGAUCAUUUGAAUUACCCAAAGAAAACACAAGUGGUGAAACAUUGACUAACCCUGAAAAUGAUAUUAGUGUGUCUUCUGAGGAAAGUUCUUUAAGUGCUUCUAAGGUGUCUUACAACAAAGAACAGUGCCUUGCAUUUAAGAAAGAGUCUACUGGUUGUGAUAUGGAAAAGGAUGUCUUGGAUAUCAAAUGUUCUGGAAGUCCGCAAAAAUUCUUCCCUUGUGAUAGUUGUUACUUUACUGGACCACAAACCCGUUCACGGAAGCGAAAAUUAGAAAAGCUGAGUGAGGGUGAUGUAACCAUAGUCAAACACAUGUUCAAAGGCAGAAACACUAGAAGUAAAAGAUUUGAUACUAUAGUGAUUGAUGAUUGAUGAGUGAGAAACUUUUAGGCAUUACAAAACUUUCCAGAUUUAGCAUUAGAAUAUUAUAUCUUACUAUUUAAAUUCAGAGAAAGUUUAUAUAAAUGAAUAUUAUAUUAUGUUGUAAGAGACCUAAUGUAUUUGAUAUAUAUAUA